AUGGGCGUGCCCCUGGCUCUCGGCACCGUGGUGGGCACGUCCACCCUGCCCCCCAUCGUCAGUUGGUACCGGAAGCUGAAGAAGCCCAAGUGGACGCCCCCAGCGCCGCUGUUCGGCCAGAUUUGGUCCGUACUGUACGGCUGCAUGGGCGCCGCAUCCUACCUGGUCUGGAAACGAACGGGGUUCCCUUCGGCCCCCCUGGGCCUCUACGGGGUGCAGCUGGUUUUCAACCUGGCUUGGCAGCUCAUCUUCUUCCAGGCCAAAAAGCCUGGCGUUGCGCAGGCAGAGAACGCAGUCCUGCUGGGGCUGGUGGCGGCGACCACCGUCAGCUUUGCGCGCAUUGACGCCAACGCCGGGAAGCUCAUGGCCCCCUACCUCGCGUUCACGGCCUUCGCAAAUGCCCUGAACUGGAGUAUCUGGAAUGAGAACCCCGAGGCCGCGUCACCCGGUGACAUCGAGCCGCCCUCCAAGAAGGAGCUUUGA